AGAAAUGGGGGAUGGAGCAUUUAGUAAAGUCUACAGCUGUUAAAAAAAAGAAGAUGUUUAAAAUGGAAAUAGUAAUUAAAGUCCAAUAUAUGCAAUUAAAAUUAUAGAUAAAAAUUUCAUGAAUUUAGUAUAAAUAUUAUUAAAAACUUAGAAUAAAAAGCAACAUCAUGCAUAUAUUGAAAAAGAAAUGCUUCAAUAUUUAAAAUAUGAUGGAAUAAUCAAAUUACAUUAAACAUUUUAAGAUAAAAAUAGUUUGUAUUUUUUAGUUGAGUUAGUUUAAGAUUGUUUUAGUGAAUUCUUAAAACUUUAUGGCAGUAUAUAAUUCAUUAAUAAUUUAGAUUAAAAGUUGACUAAUCAAAUCAUUUAAUUUUAUACUGCUGAAAUUUUAUCUAUUCUAGAAUAUGUUCAUUCUAAAGGAAUAGUACAUAGAGACAUAAAAGUAUAUUUUUAAAUAAUUAAAGCCUGAAAACUUACUAAUAACUCCAGAGAAACAUUUAAAGUUAAUAGAUUUUGGGACUGCAGUGAUUUAUGAUCAAUAAAAAGUUCCCCAAAAAAUAGUUCAAUCUAUUGAAAAUUAUAGAAAAGAUUUUGUAGAUAAAGAAAGGAAAAGAAAAUAUAGUUUUGUAGGAACAAAUGCAUAUUUAACUCCAGAAAUGAUUUCUGAUAAACCAGUUGGUCCAGGAACUGAUUUAUGGGCUUUAGCUAUAAUAAUGUACAAAAUGUAUACUGGAACUAUACCCUUUAAAUCUAAUAAUUAGGAAGAGUUAUAUUAAAAAAUUGUAGAAGAUUAAAUUUAAUUUCCCUCAGUAUAUAAUUUAUUGAUUUAUUGUUAAGAGCAUUCCUUUAUUAGCUUAAGAUUUAAUGAAACUAUUUUUAGAGAAAGAUCUUAAUAAUAGAUUAGUUGAUUAUACUAAAAUAAAAAGCCACCCUUAUUUUGCCGAAAUAAAUUUUAAUAACUUAUGGUAAAUGGUUCCACCUUAGCCAUUAUAAAUAUAUCCAGAACAAAUAUAAUAAAAGACUUUUAUUUAGGAUCCAAUUUCUAAAAUUAUUUAUUAAGAAAUAGUUGAAAAAAAAUCUGGAAGUAAACUAAAAUUAUAAAAAAUAAGUUUUAAUAUCUUACUUUACUCCUAGAUAACUAGUUUUAUAAAUUAUAAAUGACAUUCCUUCUAUUCAUUAUACAAAUCCAAAAAAGAAUAAUAAAAAGACUGUGAUUCAUAUUACUUAAGGUUUAAAAUACGAAUUGAUUAAACAAGAUAAAUUUGUUAUAAUAGAUGAUAAAUAAAAAUAUAUUUUUAAGGUAAUCAUUUUAAAUAUAUGAAUCUAGUCUUAAAAUGCUAAAAAAUGGAUUGAAUUAAUUUUUGAAACAUUGAAUCAUGGUAUAAAAUGAUCUAUCAAAUAUAUUUAUGAUAAAGAUAAUAUAAUAAGAUAUUUAAAUAUUUUUCAUUUUUAUGGGUAAUUGUAAUGUUUUAGAUAAAAAGGAAGAAUCUUAAGAAUCAAGUAAAGAUAUAAAAUAGAAUUUUAGUGCAAUCAAUAAGAAAUUAUGAAAUUCUGGAAAUUUUGGGAAAAGGAGGUUUUGGUAAAGUUCUAAAAGUUAGAAGAAAAAAAAAUAAUUAACUUUAUGCAAUAAAGAAAAUGUCAAAAGCUAAGUAAAACAAUUUAUAAAUAAAAACAGAAUAAUUGCCUUAAAAUGUAUUACAGCAGUUUUGAAUGAGAAAAAUCUAUUAUUGUAGUUAAGACAUCCUUUUAUUGUGAAUAUGCAUUCAGCAUUUUAAGAUAGAGAAAAUCUAUAUUUAGUAUUAGAUUUAGUAACUGGAGGAGAUUUAAGAUUUCAUAUAUGUAAAAACAAAAGAUUUUCAGAAUAAGAAGUGAGUAUGAAAAAAUGUUCAAUUUUUAGAAUUUUUUGCAGCUUGUAUAAUAAUUAGUUUAGAGUACCUACAUUAAUAAGGAAUAAUUCAUAGAGAUUUAAAACCAGAGAAUUUGGUACUUGAUAAUAAAGGAUACUUAAGACUUACAGAUUUGGGGAUUGCAAGAAUAUGGAGACCUGAAAAUUCUUCAGAUGGAAGUGGUACACCAGGUUAUAUGGCCCCAGAAGUAUUAUGCAGAUAAAAUCAUGGAAUUACUAUAGACUUCUUUGCACUUGGUGUAAUUGUACAUGAAUGUAUGCUUGGAAAACGACCUUAUGUUGGUAAAACUAAAUAAGAAAUACGUGACUAAAUUCUUUCUCAUUAAGUUUAAAUUAAAAGAAUGGAUUUACCUGUUGCUUGGUCUUUAGAUGCAGCAGAUUUUGUAAAUUAAGUAAAUAUUACUAAUAAGUUUAGUUAAUCUAAAGAAAGCCAAAUUAUAGACUAGGUUAUAAUAAUCCAAGUGAUGUUAAAAAUCAUAAAUGGUUUACUAAUUUUGAUUGGAAUUCAUUGAUUAAAAAGACUUACAAUCCACCUUAUAAACCUAAGCCCUUUUUAAAAUGUAAUAAUUCUAUUGAUUCUAAUGACACUCCUAAUGAUGAUAAUUUUGUAAUUCUUAGAAAUUUAACUCUUAAUGGUAUAUAUAUUAUUUAUUUAAGAAUAAUUUAAUGAAUAUUGUUAUAAUCCUGAAGCUGGUAUGAUAAAAUGA